UCGUAAGUAAUUAUUUCAGGUUAUGUGUAUCAGAACCAAACACUUGUUAUUUUCAGUGAGCUUGUGUUUCCGCAUUGCGAGCAGGAGGUGACUAGUGUUUAGACAAACAUAUUAGCGCACAUUACGUACCUGUGCUGUUCGGCAAUUACGAAAAAUACCAGAUGGACGCGUGGUGGCUUAGGAGGGCAAUCAUGGACUGCAAGGGAACUAGUUGGGUGAAAAAAGAGAAGAAUGAAAUAUAUGCUGAACCAGAAUCCUUGUUUCUUGAAGAUCCGCUAAAGAUUGUAACACCUAGUCUUCAUAUAAAGCAAGACCUAGAACUGAAACAGGAGGAUGGCAUUGAACAUGAUUGUCUUGAAGAUAACUUGGGAAUCUCUCAUCCAAAUGAUUUUAUCAAGGAGGAUCCUGAACUAAAUUUGGAGGUGGCAGCCUCAAUAAGAAAUGCAUCUGAUAGUUUAAGGUUCAUUCAAAGUGCUGGUGACACCUGUGACAUUUCAUAUCAAGAAGCAUUACAUCAAGGAGUAGUCAAUGACAAGCUGGAGAUAUAUGCAGAGAAGUCAACAAAUUUCAGUGUGUCUCACAACUAUACCAAAAUACAGACUUCACAAGAAGACGGCUUAUGUGGCACAAGAUUAAGUUGUAGCAUCAGGGAAAAGGAAUUCCAUAAGUUUAACUGUUGUUUCUGUCUACAGAGCUUCCCUUCAAAAUACAGACUCAUAAUGCAUAUCUUCAUCCACAUUGAUGGUGUGCAGGCACCUGCAUUUGUGUGUAAGUCAUGUGGUGAGGUAUUGCCCUCUGAUGACUGCUUGAAAGAACAUUUGAGAAUGAUGGAGGGUGACCAAGCAUUAUCUGCUACCAACAGUGAGAAACUUGAAUGCAAUGAUGAUCAUGAAAACAAUAUCUCCUUCGAGUGUGUACAAGAAGGAAUUGUGGAACAAACUGCAGAGCGCCCUUCAUACAAGGUACCCAGGAAAACCUUCAAAAAAUCCUUUAAUGACAUAUGUAACACACAUACUGUGAAACAAGCUGAAGAGAAACUCGAAAGAUGUAAUGACUGUGGAAUUUCAUGUACAAGCGACCAUGCUCAUGUCCACACUGUGGUAAGUGCAAAGGGACAUCACAAAUGUGAUGUUUGUGGCAAAAUGUUUACUCAGUUAUGCAAUCUUAAGAAACACAGAUUAAUACACACUGGAGAGAGACCUCACGAAUGCAAUGUUUGUGGAAAAUCGUUUACUGAAAGGGGCAAUCUCAAGAAACACGAAUUAAUACACACUGGACAGAGACCACACAAAUGCGGUGUCUGUGGAAAAUCAUUUACUCACCCGAGCAGUCUCAAGACCCAUAUUUUAAAACACACAGGAAAGAGAUCACACAAAUGCGAUGUGUGUGCAAAAUCGUUUACUGAAAGGAGCAGUCUCAAGAAACAUGAAUUAAUACACACUGGACAGAGACCACACAAAUGCGAUGUCUGUGGAAAAUCGUUUACUCAGUCGGGCAAUCUCAAGAAGCACAAUGUAAUACACACAGGAAAGAGACCACACAAAUGCGAUGUGUGUGCAAAAUCGUUUACUGACAGGGGCAGUCUCAAGAAACAUGAAUUAAUACACACUGGACGGAGACCACACAAAUGCGAUGUCUGUGGAAAAUCAUUUACUCAGUCGGGAAAUCUCAAGACCCAUGUACGAAGAUGCACAACCUACUUAAUAGAAACACAGUUUGAUAUUCCUUCUGACAAGAACAGGGAAAGUAAGGAUUCGGUGGAAAAUAUUAGUUCUCAGUGUAUGAAAAAUUAG